AUGGGAGAUCAAAUAUGGUCACACUGUUCUUCCCAAUAUCAUGAGAAGGAGUACUACUAUUGUGUGAAGUGGGUGGAGAAAUACUUCAAGGAUUGUGUUUGCAACUUAAGCAGUGAGAUCUCAUUCACUCUUGGCCUUGCAAGUCUCUUCUUCUGGGCCAUUGCUGAAAUCCCUCAGAUCAUCACCAACUUCCAUUCCAAGUCUGCCCAUGGUGUCUCCCUCUCUUUCAUCCUCACUUGGAUUCUUGGUGACAUCUUUAAUUUGGUUGGUUGCCUUCUUGAACCUCUCACUUUGCCCACACAGUUUUAUACAGCACUGUUGUACACUUCUGUUACUGUGGUGUUGCUAGUGCAAACCAUUUACUAUGAUUAUUGGCUUAAAUGGUGGAAGAACAAGAGCUUUAAUAAGGAUAACAAAGAGGUUGAUGAAAGAAGGCAGCAUUUGAAUGCUGAUUUAGAAGACUACUCAACCAAGCCAUUAUUGCUCAAUAAAAGUACACUACUCUCAAUUAGAACAUCUCCCAAGGCAGACAUAUACUACAUGUCUGCAAGGUCCCUAGCCAGCAGUGGAACUCCUCCAUAUGGUUCUUCUUCUUAUCUUGUGGCUCCAAAGAGUGGUCCUUCUGCAACUCUUGCCCAUGACUCGUCCUCUGAGGACGAGUGUGACUCGCCGAUUUAUAACACUCGCACUCGAACCAAACCGAUAAGAAUUUUAUCCCGUUCGGUUGGGUAUGGAACAUUUAUAGCAAGCUCAAUUGGUCUACCAUUUCAAUCAAAAGCAUUAUUAAUGGAGGGGCAAUUGACACAUGAAAUGCAAAUUAAUACUUUGGGACUUUGCUUAGGAUGGAUCAUGGCUGCCAUUUACAUGGGUGGUCGCUUACCUCAAAUAUAUCUCAAUAUCAAACGAGGAAGCGUCGAGGGUUUGAAUCCACUCAUGUUCAUCUUUGCACUUCUUGCUAAUGCAACUUAUGUUGGAAGCAUCCUUGUGAGGAGUAUUGAAUGGGAAAGGAUAAAAGCUAAUGCACCAUGGUUAUUGGAUGCAAUUGUCUGUGUUUUACUUGAUCUAUUUAUCAUAAUACAAUUUGCAUACUAUAAGUUCAUGAAGAGGUCUGCCUUCCAUGAAGAAGAUGAAGAUGAAGAUGAUGAAAGCUCCACAACAUUCAAGAAGCCCCUCAUUAUCUAA